AUGAUUGCCCGUGUGGAUUUGUGUGUAUUUCAUCCUAUCUCUAUCGGCGGCGUCAUGAAGGCUGCAGUCCAACAUGAGGUUCCCCCGGACUUCUUCGCCCGCAGCAAGACCCUCGUGCCGCAGCGCGCUCUUCACUUCAUCAAGAAGAACUACCCCACCGAGACCUACGUCACGGCCCUGCACUACCUCCUGGACUGCUUCUUCACCCCGCCUCACCCCAACGUCUCCCGCCCUGAAGAGCUCGCCACCACCCUCGCCCGCUGUCCCCGCGACUUUACCGGCAGCGACAAGCAGUACCCUGCUGGAAAUCCCCUCUUCUCCGCCGAGGAGGUCCGCGCUAUCAUGGCGGGUACCGAGACCCCUGAGAUCAAGGAGGCGCUGAAGGCGGCUACUAACUUGGCCAUCUCAAAGAAGGCCUUUGGUGCGCCUUGGCUCGUCGUGGUUGACGCCAACGGCAAGGAGGAGUGCUUCUUUGGGAGCGAUAGGUUUGCGUUUGUGUACAAGUUCCUCGGCUUGCCUUACCAUGACGUUGAACUCUUGCCCCUAGCAGCAAGGGCAAGCUUUAAAAGGGGAGGGGAAAGAUGGGGAAACGGAUAA